UUCAGGUCCCCGCCCCGGUUCUAGGGCCUAAUGGCUGAGGGCUCGCGGUCCGACGGCUUACAAGGGGCGAAGAUAGGGCCGCCCGGGGGGCCGCUCCCAGAUCGGUGGAACAGUCGGGGAUGGGCGAUGACUUUUCAGGUUUGGGGGUGGCGGAGGGAAGACGCGUCUCAGGUUUUGGCCUGGGUGCCCGACGCCGAGGGCGGGAGAGGUGCAGCGAUGCCGCGCAGGACCCCGGCUACAAAAGACCCCACAGCUGUAGAGAGAGCAAACUUGUUAAACAUGGCUAAAUUGAGUAUCAAAGGACUCAUUGAAUCUGCUCUAAGCUUUGGCCGCACUUUGGAUUCUGACUAUCCCCCCUUGCAGCAGUUCUUUGUUGUUAUGGAACAUUGUCUGAAACACGGUCUUAAAGUAAGAAAAUCAUUUUUGAGUUAUAACAAAACUAUCUGGGGCCCCUUGGAACUGGUGGAGAAGCUGUACCCAGAAGCAGAGGAAAUAGGAGCCAGUGUCCGGGAUUUGCCUGGUCUUAAGACUCCCCUGGGUCGUGCAAGAGCAUGGCUUCGAUUAGCCCUCAUGCAAAAAAAAAUGGCUGAUUACCUGCGUUGCUUAAUUAUUCAGAGGGAUCUCUUAAGUGAAUUUUAUGAGUAUCAUGCACUAAUGAUGGAAGAAGAAGGAGCAGUAAUUGUUGGGCUGCUGGUUGGCCUGAAUGUGAUAGAUGCUAACCUGUGUGUAAAGGGAGAAGAUUUAGACUCACAAGUUGGAGUGAUUGAUUUUUCCAUGUAUUUAAAGAAUGAAGAAGAUAUUGGAAAUAAAGAAAGGAAUGUUCAAAUUGCUGCCAUAUUAGACCAGAAGAAUUAUGUUGAAGAAUUAAAUAGACAACUGAACAGCACAGUCAGCAGUCUCCAUUCAAGAGUUGACUCAUUAGAAAAGUCAAAUACUAAGCUGAUUGAAGAGUUAGCAAUAGCAAAAAAUAAUAUCAUUAAACUCCAAGAAGAAAAUCAUCAAUUACGAAGUGAAAAUAAACUGAUUUUAAUGAAAACACAGCAGCACCUGGAGGUUACCAAAGUGGAUGUGGAAACUGAGCUUCAAACAUACAAGCAUUCUCGGCAGGGGCUGGAUGAAAUGUACAACGAAGCCAGAAGGCAGCUUCGAGAUGAAUCUCAGUUAAGACAGGAUGUGGAAAAUGAGCUAGCGGUACAAGUUAGUAUGAAACAUGAAAUUGAACUUGCCAUGAAGCUGUUGGAGAAAGAUAUCCAUGAGAAGCAGGAUACUCUGAUAGGCCUUCGGCAACAACUAGAGGAAGUUAAAGCAAUUAACAUAGAAAUGUAUCAAAAGUUGCAGGGUUCUGAAGAUGGCUUGAAAGAAAAAAAUGAAAUAAUUGUCCGACUAGAAGAAAAAACCAAUAAAAUUACUGCAGCCAUGAGGCAGCUGGAGCAAAGUGACAGUGAUUUGUUAACUCAAACUAGGACAAUUGCAAUGUCAUUGGUGAAAUAUGCCAGCAGUGACACUCAGGACCAGUACAAGCUGGUCAAAGAUAUAUCUUUCUGAAAACCACUUGUAUUUAAACAGACUAAAAGAGAGUCGACAAUUUUAUAAUAUAUUAAAUAGAAAAUAAUUUAUGCUAUUAAGUAUUUGAAAAGGGUAUUAAGAACCCUGUCCACUUCUUGAUCAGCUGCUGUGGUAAUACACUGCCAUGAAGCAGAGUGGGUGCACUUGGAUUUCCAAAAACACAUUCCUCAAACCUCGUGCACAAAGGCUGAUUUGAGUAUUGACCUUUUGGAGGUCAGGAUUUUCAAGUGCAGUUUUAUCUUUUUAGCUACUUUUUGAUGGAAAAUAUAAACAUUGUUUAAAAAUAAGUUAACCCUUUGGUUUCACAGUGUGUUGGCACAAAUUUUCCCUCUUGGCCCACUCUUGGCCUAAUGGCUUCUUUACUGAUUUUUUAAUAUGUUUUAAAAUAGUUUAUAACCCAGAUUGGCCAUUCUCUUGUGCUCUAGCACCUCAGUUUUCCAGUUCCCUUAGCCCUCUUCUGUGAUAGCACAACUUCAAGCCCUACCUCACUCUGAGUUUUAUUUUAGUUUCUGUAAUCUUAGAGAAAUACUUGGGUCCCUGUCCCCCUACAUUAAUAUUUUAAAAUUAAAUUUCAAUUUAGAGAUAACUUGAAUGUUAUUCUCUUUUGCUCAGAAGUGGCAUUUAUACUUCUCAAAUGUGUCAGGUUGCCCCACUGGUAUGUUUUUAGGAAGAAAAGAAGAGUGUUUUCAGCUAGUUGAAUAGAAAUUUUGCCUGUGAUUCCCUACAAGGAGUUAAUGUCUCUUUAAUACGUGGGAAAAGUUUUCUUAUAAAAACAUUGAAGUUAAAUCUAAGAAAUCCUAGAUGGGAGGCAGGGAGUGGAGCUAAGCACAGGGAGAAGCAAUGACUUACAAAUAAAAACAGAACAAAUGAAAAUCACAUUUUAAGCUAUUUAAACAUCAGUGAUGAACAAAAAUGAUCUCUAGAGAAUGUUGCCAACUAAUACUAUAUUCUUUCGAAUCUUAACAUACACACAACACACACACACACAGCUUUCGGCAUAAUGUAGUAAAUGCAUAAAGAUCCUACAGGGAGGACUUGGCUGUUCGAAAUAAUUGCAGGUCUUUGCUCUUGGCCUUGUAGCACACUUGAUUCCUGGCAUACACAUCCUAACAUAAUAAAUAACAAUGUGGCUUCUUCACCUAGUGUAGACGUAAAUACUGUGCUUUACAUGGUUUUGUAAAAAGGCAGUAACACACCCAUUAUACUUUCGAAGUUAAUUCAUUCUGCUCUACGUAAGUGGUAAAGGCUGUAUUGCUUUGCAUUGUUAAUUAUGAACAAGAAAUAAAACAAAUUUGAAGAUAGUAUUCUGGGCAUAUUAUAUGUUAUAUUGAAAAAAAAUCACAUAACAAUUUCUAGACAUUGUGUGGCUCUUUCACGUUUGAGUUUGUGAGUUUCCCCCCAAACUUUGUUUUCAUUUAGAAAUGUUUCUAUUUCCCCAUUUUUCUUUUAUUUGUCUUCUUCACCCUUU